UCAGCUAUGCACCCUGACGGACGUGUCAUUCAUACUUUUGUGCUCUAUUGAGGAAAAAAAAUACCAUAUGGACUUUGCUUUGGGGAAUCGUUGCACCGCUUCAUAGUUUUCUUUAGUCUUUUUUUUAAUUUUAUAGGUUUAAUCAUGUUGAAAAAUAAUGGAAAGAAGACAGCUAUCACUGUAGCCAGCACAGCAUGUAUCUGCCUGCUGCUGCUCCUGGUUGCUGUGCAGCAUCACCGGGUUCAGGUGGAUGAGGAGAGGAACGGAGAGGACGCCGGGACGCGCUCUCUCCUCCAGCAGCAGCAGCAGCAGGAGGAGGAGGAGGACGCGCAACCCGGGAGCGCGCAGGUCAAGAGAGGUUUCUCCGCGUACUUCACCAAACUGACCCGGGGCCGGAGGGAGGUGGAGAAGCCCCCACGCUCUUCCGCGUCCACCGCUGACCCUCCUCCAGCUGAGGACAUCAAUGCCAAUGACAUCUUCAUCGCCGUGAAGACCACCAAGAAGUUCCACCAGUCCAGGCUGAACCUGCUCCUGGACACAUGGAUCUCAAGAAACAUGCAGCAGACCUACAUCUUCACAGACGGAGAAGAUGAGGAGCUAAAGAAGAAAAUUGGAAGUCACGCAAUCAACACCAACUGCUCUGCAGCUCAUAGCCGACAAGCUCUGUCUUGCAAGAUGGCGGUGGAAUAUGACAAGUUCAUAGAGUCGGGAAAAAAGUGGUUCUGUCAUGUAGAUGAUGACAAUUACGUGAAUGUUCGGACUCUUGUGAAGUUCCUGUCCCAGUACCCCCACACCCAGGACAUGUACCUCGGAAAACCCAGCCUGGACCGGCCCAUAGAGGCCACAGAGAGGCUGGGGGACAAUAAGAUGAAACCAGUCAACUUCUGGUUUGCUACUGGAGGAGCCGGCUUCUGUGUGAGCCGGGGUCUGGCACUGAAGAUGAGCCCAUGGGCCAGUGGCGGCCACUUUAUGAACACAGCGGAGAAGAUCCGCCUGCCCGACGACUGCACCAUCGGCUACAUCAUCGAGUCGGUUCUGGGGGUUCCUCUGACCCGCAGCAACCUGUUUCACUCCCACCUGGAGAACCUGCAACAAGUGUCAAGAUCUGAAAUUCACAAGCAGAUCACUCUAAGUUAUGGAAUGUUUGAAAAUAAGAGCAACAUCAUUAAUUUGAAAGGGGCUUUUCCUGUGGAGGAGGAUCCAUCAAGGUUCAAGUCUGUGCACUGUCUCCUGUAUCCAGACACCCCAUGGUGUCCCCCCCAGGUUGCCUUUUAGGGCAACUGCUCCUUUCUCAUCCUCGUCCCCGUCGUGCCUCGGUAUCUGAAAGGCUCGCGGGGACCAGUGUUUGGUAUUAGACCGCACGGCUGCUGUAUUCUUGCUGCAGUUGUGUGCGGUCUUUAAUAGUUUUACUGGGCUGCUGUGCGGCCCGCCUUUGGACUAUUCCUUCCUGUCCAGUGCCAGGACCUCGUCCCAUAAGAGGACUCCAGCUCUCGGCAGGAAGUAGCUUUCAGCGUUAAGCUUUGCAGGCAAUCAGUUGAGCUUUGUGAUGUAUAUGUUGCUUGUAAAUGUAUCUGCAAUUCUCAUAGAAUGUAUUGUCAUAUAUUCAAACCUUUGCCAGCUUUAUAUUAACAUUUAUGUUUUGUUUUAGCUUUUAAAAAUACAAAGCCAUACAGGUCUUUGUUUGUAGGCUUUUAUCACAUAUAAUUGGCUUUUUCAGGCAUGUUUAUUUCUUAUCUUUUAACUCCUAUGACUCCGGACAAAUGCUCUAAUAUGAAGAUAUUAUUGUGCUUUUAAGUAAACAGUGUUAUUUCUCCAACAACCAGAGCUGGCAGUAGGCGGAUUUCCAAAUGCAUCCUUAGGUGAUCUAAUCUGAAGUAUAUCAGGACAAAGCACUUUUUGAUAUUUUUUGGCGAACUGACCUAAUUUACGUCCUUUAAUGAUAUGCUUCAGAUUUGUGUCCAAACUAACAAAAAAAAACCCCUCAAAAUCUCAAUAUCUAUUCAUUCUUAUGUAUUUAAUAACACUCCUUGCAUUUGUUACAAUCAGGGAAAAACAAUGAGUGGAAGAGAUUUUGAUUUGGGGGGUAACAAUCAGCUUUCGAAUUGCUUUGAAAAGUUUUUUUGUUUUUGGUUAAAAAUUGCACAGCUGAGUUUCAAAUGAGCUGAUAUUUGCUCCUGGAAAGACGCUCACCUCAUAAGGUUCAACAGUGGAGAAUUAGUGACUUUUAGCGUGGAUAAAAAGCCAUUUGAACAGUUUGAAUCAAUGGCAUCUAAAUAAUAACCACCUGUGUAAUCUGAGCCACAGUCUAUAAUAGUUUGCACAAAAGACUGAUGUGAAUCUCUGUUAUUAUUAACAUUAUUGUUCUUUAUUUACACAUAAUACUGGCUGGUUACUGUUGAGGCCUGUGAGGUGAGAACUUAACAAGAGCAACAUCAGUGUUUCCACAUGGAGGUGUUCCCUCUGUGUUGUCUCUUACCCAUAUUGGGUUACUCUGUACAUCUUGAUUACAGUAUUGUAUACUGUGCCUUUGUUUAAAUUUGUAGUGAUUGUAUAAUGUUUAGAAUGUAAUUUCCCCAUAUGUGGUUUACAUACGCUUUUAAUGACCUGGGCGUGAUUUUUGUACUGCUUUGAACUGUGUUAAAUGACUGUGGUGUUUAUUCUCCAGUAUCUGGAGGGUUUGAACAGUUCAUUCCCAAUACUGGCUUCUCAGGGAUUAUGAGCUGAUCCUGGUAUUAACUACCAUGGGACCCACGGUGGGACCUAAAACUUUGAAUAAAAGUGCAUAACCACUGAGAAAGUUUA